AUGGUGUCUCUAUUCUCUAUUGUUAUGACAGUUCUUGCUCUUAUUCUCAUCCCUAGUCUCUUCAUCUCUCGGCAACUAAGUGUCCCUCUCUCCUUGACAAACAUCCUCCGAUUCAUCAAACUCACAGCUUCUGGACACGAUUAUGAGGAAGAGAAGAACGGCAAAAAUGGUGCAAUUAGAGAGAAAGAGAAACGAGGGAGACUGCCAAAGCAUGUGGCGAUUAUAUUGGACGGAAACAGACGUUGGGCGGAGAAACGAGGACUAGGGACAUCGGAAGGUCACACGGCCGGAGCAAGAAAGCUCAUAGAGAAUGCUAAGGACUGUUUCGCUAUGGGCAUAAACACUAUCUCACUCUUUGCUUUCUCUACUGAAAAUUGGGCAAGACCCGAGGAUGAAGUUAACUUCUUGAUGGCCUUGUUUGAGAAACACUUCAAGUCUGAGAUGCCUUACUUCCGAAGAGAUCAAAUCAAGAUCACGGUUAUUGGAAACCGGGCAAGAAUCCCUGAGUCGCUUCUAGGUUUGAUACGAGAGGCAGAAGAAGCUACAAAGAGCUACAAAGGGAAGCAACUCAUUCUGGCGAUAGACUAUAGUGGAAGAUUUGAUAUCUUACAAGCGUGCAAAAGUCUUGCUGAAAAGGCAAAAAACGGGCUGAUCCAAGUGGAGGAUAUCGACGAAAAGCUGAUGGAGAAGGAGUUGAUGACAAACUGUAGUGAGUUCCCAAACCCUGACCUGUUGAUCAGAACGAGCGGAGAGCAAAGGAUCAGUAACUUCUUCCUAUGGCAAGCAGCUUACACUGAGCUCUACUUUCCUAAUGUUCUGUGGCCUGACUUCGGAGAGGCAGAAUAUCUUGAGGCCUUGACUUGGUAUCAGCAACGGGAGAGACGAUUCGGUCAACGAGUUUAA